UAAUAUAUAUUUGUUAUGUGCAACUAGAUAACAAUAAAGAUAACCAAUUAAAUAAUCCCACAUUUCUAAUAUAAGCGCAUGCGUAAGGGAUCCACGUUCGAUUAUAUACUAUAUAUAUACUAUAUAUUACAUUUCAUUCUGGCAGAAUAUACCUUAGUCUUCAUCUGGUUAAUUUCUGAAUAAAAAUAUUUUUUUAUUAACAAUGAAAUUGCUUUUAUUAGUGGGAGUAGUGGUAGCGAUGUUUUGUACAACUGGUAACGCUGAUAAUACGAAAGGCCCAAAAGUUACAGAUAAAGUAUGGUUUGAUAUUAAUAUUGAUGGUAAAUAUGAAGGAAGAAUUGAAAUUGGACUUUUUGGAAAAACAGUUCCAAAAACAGUUGAAAAUUUCAUUGAAUUAUCUAAAAAACCUCAAGGAGAAGGAUAUAAGGGUAGUAAAUUUCAUAGAGUCAUUAGUGAGUUUAUGAUCCAAGGAGGAGAUUUUACAAAAGGAGAUGGAACUGGAGGACAUAGUAUUUAUGGCAGUCGUUUUAAAGAUGAAAACUUCAAAUUGAAUCAUUAUGGUGCUGGAUGGUUAUCUAUGGCAAAUGCUGGAAAAGAUACUAAUGGUUCUCAGUUUUUUAUUACUGUAAAACAAACUCCAUGGCUUGAUGGUAGACAUGUUGUAUUUGGCAAAGUAAUUAAAGGAAUGGAUGUAGUAAGAAAAAUUGAAAAAGUAAAUACUGAUACACGUGAUAGACCAAUAAAAGAUGUUGUAAUUGCCGAUUGUGGUGCAGAAGUAGUAGCAAAUCCUUUCAGUGUAUCAAAAGAAGAUGCUACGGAUUAAAUAUAUUUUCAUUUUUAUAUAUAAUAAUAAAAACUAAUAAUUUUUAACUACCAUAUGCUAA